AGCCAUCGGCCGUCACUGACACUGGAUCAGCACCUCCAAAACAUGAUCCACCCAUUUCCAUGGAGCCAUAUGAUCUUGGAGGCCCGGGCGAUUUGGGGGCGUUGAACAACAGACAGCAGGCUGAAACAAAUCGACUAAAGACUGAAACGAGGUUGAACAACGAAAAGUACAUGAGACGACAUCCUGAAAUCCGAUACAUCAUUUCAGCUUUUCUUAGGGACUUGUUGUUAACUAAACCCGAAGAUCCAAGGAAGCACUUCACAGACUUCUUCUCUCGCCCAGAUCUGAGUGACUGCAUAGAAAAAGCGAGAGAAGUCGAUCAACAACGACAACAAGAUGAUAAGAUGGCAAGAGAUUUGGCGUGCGAAGAAUCAGAAGACGAAGAGGAUUGAAGCUUAGCAUUUUGAAUUCGCAGUUCGGGGUUAAUAAUUGUCAAAAACGUUCUCAAGCUAUGAUUGUAAAGACUAAAUGUUUAUACAACCAAGUUGUUUAAUUAAAAUGGUAAUGAGGUUGGCUAACUACCUUCUUGGCAAGGGAGCUUCCACCGUUCAUCUCCAAACAAUGCCAUGCUUGCACUAACUGCUUAGUAUACGAUACAAGGGAAUUCACUCCGUGCUUAAAAACUUACAAAUGGGAUGCCCGUGCUCACAUUAUGAACAGUGAGCCGGAUGACUGGAAAAUAUGACUAGCCAGAGCCAGCUAACUGACAAAAUGCUUCAUAUUGAAGAUUCUGGGAAAGAAAACAAAGCAGACACGACAUUCGUUAUCCG